AUGCUGGUUUUGUCACGACCGCUGGCGUCACGACCAACCCCGAACCACCUUACUGAUUAUUUCUUUUUUUUUUUAUAUUCUUUGUCUCACUUGGUAUCUUUUCAUUUCUAUUUUUUAUACUAUCUUUCUUCUCCCCACUCUCUCACUUUCUCUCUCCAUGUUUCUAACAUGGUCGUUACCGUUGUGAUAAAAAUAAUUCGUUUUUCUUUCUUUACGACUUUCUUUCUCACUCUCUCUCCUCACUUGCUUCCUUUUUUCUGUCGUCGUCCCUUUUACACUAUUUUUCUAAAGGAUCAUCUUCCUCCUCUCUCUCUUUUCAUCUCCAUCACUCUCCCUUUCAAAACAAUUCUUUCUUUGCUACCCGCUCUCUUGAUCUUUUUCAUUCUCUUUCUCACUUUCUUUCUCUUUUCCAAACCUGUCCCAAAUACCAACUCUCUCUCUUUCUCUGUGUAUCUGCCUAUCUAUCUAUCUAUCUAUCUUGAUCGCCUUUUACGUUCUAAUUCUCGAUUUUAUGGUCUCUCUCUACAUCAUUUUACCAUUAUACUUCUCCUCCUAUCUCUCUUUCUCUUUCAUGCUUUCUCUCCAUAUGAUAUCACCUUCUUCCAUAUUGAUUUCCCUUACAUUUCUCACCCUUCUUUCUCUCUCUUUGACACACUGUAUCCCUUGUUGCUCUCACUUUUUAUCUAUAUUAUUGUAUUUGUUUGCUUGUCUUUUUUCCUUCCCUCUCUCUCUAUCUCUUUUUAUUAUUCAAUUCACUAUCACUCUCUUUACAAAUUAAAUGACCCCUCUCUCUCUCUCUCUCUCUCUCUCUCUCUCUCUCACACUCUUGAUCUCUGUACACAUAUACAUAGUUUCUCUCUAGAAAUUGAUCCCUCACACGUUCUACAUUAUUUGUCCGCAUACUUCUCUCCCUCUCUUUCUCGUUCUCAAACUCACUCAUAUUCUCCAUACAUACUCUUUCUAAAUUAUUAUAUUCUUUUUCACAUGAAGUCUCUCUUCUUCUGCCAUAUUGAUUUUACCUAUCUUACAUUUCUCUCUCUCUCUCUGUCUCUCUCUCUCUCUCUGUGUCUCUCUAUGUCACUCAUUCUCUCUCUUGUUGCGCUUAUUGAUCUCUAUCACACUCUCUAUAUUAAUCUAUUAGCUUGCUUGGCAUUUUCUCUUUAUCCCUCUGUUUCUCUACACCUCUUGAAUUCGUUCUCACUAUCUUUUCUUUUCUAUAUAAUUACCUCGUCUCCUCUCUCUCUCUCUCUCUCUCAGAUUAUGUAA